UUUUGUUACUCGUCUUGUGAAAAAAACAAAUCUUUCCAGCCUUGUGUUUUAUGUAUGAUGAUUAAGUUUCCCUCUGGAAUGUCUUCUAAAAUUAUACUUUUGUCCUUGUUCUUUAUACCCUUUUCGAUUUCUUAAUCAUUUGGGAGUUGAUUAUAACCGAAACAAUAAUGUCUUUUGGAGUUUAUGUUAUCUCCUCAUUUGAACUUAUCUGAAUUGUAGUUUUCUAUCAGUGUUUGUUGUGAUCUGCGAGUGCAUGUUUGAUCCCAUGAACUCCCAAUCGAGUUUGUUUGGAACCUAAUCUGAAACUGCCAAGAGACGAUAUUCAUUGGGUUCCUCCUCCUCCCACUCGCCCUGCUGCAAUUUCAUUCCUUUUGUUUUUUCUGAGUUUUAAUGUUUGUUGCAAUCUGUGAUGCUGUUGUGUUUGUAUUUUUAAUUCCCUCCAUUCUACACUUUAAUGCAAAAACCUUGAAUUCACUGUUUUAUUGUCCUGAAUUGCAGAAUUGACAACCGUUCUUCAUGAAUUUGACAAGUGUUGAUACAUCCACCGUUUCCUGUAGAGCGGGAAGCAACAACAAAUUCCUUUUCUGGAUCUUGGUUUGCUUCUUGCUACCAAGUUUUCUGGAAGCUCCUGAAGUAUAUGUUCAUUCCCAAUUGAUAGAGCUCAUUGUUGGGUUUCCAUCUUCCUCAAUUUGGGGUGUAAUCUUUGGGCAAAUCACACCUAUAGUUCUAAAGUUUCUUGGUCUCAUUUUCUGCACUCUCCUUGUUUUAUCAAAGAGCUAUGGUUUCUUCCCAGUUCUCUGUCUUAAAUGGAAAUAGUUCACCAAAGUCUUUCCUGAACCAGUUGGUUCUACCAAAUGGACCACCUGAUCUUUUGCCUUCUUCGAAUUCUGAGGACUUUGAAUUUUCUGAUGUGUUUGGUCCAUCUCCUGUUGAAGCCUCAAUAACAGUAAGCUCCGAGAAACAUGGAGAUUUCACACCUACACGAGGUUCUGGUGGAAAGAUUUGCAAUGAUCCUGAUUGCAUCAACAUCCGCUCUCAAUCUUUAUUUGCUCCCACAACUUGUAUUGGUCAGUCCUUGCAGCUGAGCAAGCUCAACUUACAUGAGACAGAAGAUGCAUUGGACCUUGUGGAGGUCUUAACAGAAGUACAGAAAGAAAUUGAACAUUCUGUUAACAAUGCAGCAGUAGAGAAAAAUAAUUUACAUUUCAAUGAUUACUGUCUGAAUAAUCAGAUUAUUGGAGUUGAGGAUUUUGAACUUUUGAAGGUUGUUGGGCAAGGUGCUUUUGGAAAGGUGUACCAGGUGAGGAGGGCAGGUACUUCUGAAAUAUAUGCUAUGAAGGUCAUGCGCAAGGAUAAGAUCAUAGAGAGAAACCAUGCUGAAUAUGUAAAGUCUGAAAGGGAUAUACUAACAAAGGUGGACAACCCAUUUGUUGUGCAGCUCAGAUACGCUUUCCAAACCAAAUAUAGGCUGUACCUUGUGCUUGAUUUUGUCAAUGGUGGCCAUCUUUUCUUUCAGCUCUAUCACCAAGGCCUAUUCAGGGAAGAUUUGGCACGCUUCUAUGCCGCAGAGAUUAUUUGUGCCGUUUCUUAUCUUCAUGCAAAUGAUGUCAUGCACAGGGAUCUUAAGCCUGAAAACAUUCUUCUCGAUGCAGAUGGUCAUGCUGUGUUAACAGAUUUUGGCCUGGCUAAGCAAUUCAAUGGCACUGAAAGAUCAAAUUCUAUGUGUGGAACUGUAGAGUACAUGGCCCCUGAAAUUGUAAUGGGAAAAGGUCAUGAUAAGGCUGCUGAUUGGUGGAGUGUGGGAAUUUUACUAUAUGAAAUGCUUACCGGAAAGCCUCCUUUCUGUGGCGGAAAUAGACAUAAGAUUCAGCAGAAGAUAAUCAAAGACAAAAUCAAGCUCCCAGCAUUUUUGUCAAAUGAGGCACAUUCGCUGUUAAAAGGGAAAGAUGUCGGCAAACGCCUUGGCAGUGGAUCAAGAAGCAGUGAGGAGAUUAAAAGCCACAAGUGGUUUAAGUCUGUGAACUGGAAGAAACUGGAAGCCCGUGAAGUCAGGCCAAGUUUUGUGCCAGAUGUUGCUGGGAAGUACUGUGUUGCUAACUUCGAGGAGCGGUGGACUAGUAUGCCUUUGGUGGAUUCACCAGCUUCUACUCCCAAAAAGGAUGACACUACCUUCAACAAGUUCUCGUAUACUGGUGCUCCAGUUCAGUAAUGAUAGAAAUGCAUGAUUUCUACAAUAAAGGUCCAAUCAGAGAAGCCAAUUCACGUAAUUUGUGAUGGCUUAGAAAAUUAUAUAUCUGUGAUACUACCACACCUAUAAUUUAUAAAACAGAGGAUACAGCCACAGGUGUAUACAUUGAACAUUCUAUGAAUCAUUUAAACUGAUAA